CUAACAUCACAGUCUUGCCAUGAUGCAGGGCUUCCAGCCGGUGCCCUUAGCGAGUGCAGCCAAGCCACAUGCCAAUGCUGGGAAUCGCAUCACGUACCUAAACAACGCCGCGCUGAACCACGCCCAACGCUUCCGCGGUAACCGCAUCCACACGGCCAAGUACACGGUGCUCACGUUCGUGCCCAAGAACUUAUUUGAACAGUUCCGACGCGUGGCCAACAUCUACUUCUUGAUCCUGAGCGUCCUCACGUCCAUGCCGUUUUCCCCGAAGAACCCCGUGUCGUUGAUUGGGACGUUCCUCGCCGUACUCGUCUUCUCCGCUGCAAAAGAAGGGUACGAAGACUACAUUCGCCAUCUCUCGGACGCCGACAUCAACACCCGCCAUGUUGACGUCCUGGCCGACGUCGCUUCGUCUUCUUCUUCUUCGGCGCCCCCACCACCACCAUUACGACCCUCCGAGUCAUCGCAAAGUCCGUCGCCGUCAAUCACCCUCCCGCUGCUCCAGUUCCCUGUCAAGACAAUCAAGUGGCACCAGCUCCAAGUCGGCGACCUCGUCCUCCUGCGCAAAAACGACGAGGUGCCCGCCGACUGCCUCCUUCUCGCCACGUCCGACGCCGACAGCGGCGUGUGCUCGAUCGAUUCGGCCAAUUUGGACGGCGAAAGCUCGUUGAAAACACUGUAUGCUGUCAACGGGGGGAUGCCCCCCGAAGCCCUCGCGUCCCUUCGAGGUCGGGUAGAGCAUGAAUCCCCCACGGCGUCGUUGGCUUCGUUUCGGGGCACGCUGCAUGUGGCCAGCGCCACCCCCGUUUUACUCACUUUAAACCAAGUGCUGCUGCGCGGUUGCAGCAUCCGCCAUUCAAAAUGGGCGGUAGGGGUCGUGUUGUACGCAGGUCACGACACCAAAUCGUUUCUCAACGGCAGUGCACCACCGUACAAGAGCAGCACCGUCAUGCUCACGAUGAACCGAUGCCUGUACUUUGUGUUUUUUGUCCAAGGCCUGUUGUGCACUGUGAAUGUCAUUGCCAUGCUCACGUGGUCACAUUCGUCACGUACCCCGUACUUGUACACCCCCAACACCUCCUCAUCAUCAUCUGCCAACGGCGGUCAAGUGUACUUGACGUUCCUGGUCGCAUACUCCAACUUGAUUCCCAUCUCGCUGUACGUGGGCAUCGAAGUGGUCAAGUUGAUUCAAAAGUACUUGGUCGAACACGACACGGACAUGGCGCUCGUCGUCGCCACUCGGUCGAGUCCUCCGCGCACCGCCACCCCCCCGUCCCCCCCCGACCAAGGGGGCCCGCUGCCCCCAUCCUCCUCCUCCUCCCCCUCUUCGUACUCGUCGUUUGCCGAAUGUCGGACGUCCAACCUCGUGGAAGAACUCGGCCAGGUCCAGCUCGUUUUUACUGACAAAACCGGCACGCUCACAUGCAACGAGAUGGUGUUUGCUGCGUGUGCGAUCGUCGGGACCGGGCGCGCAUUUUCGUUUGAUCGACCGCGGCGCCUCGAUACCCGCGUGCCGCCGGCGCCGCCGUGUCCGACGACACAUGCCCGACCGCGCCUCCACCUCCCCAGCCUCGUCCUGCCGCGCCUCACGACCAGCACCGGCACGCGGGUGUCGGGUACCUUGGGCAACAAAUUCACCAGUUAUAACCGGGCAAGUGAAAGCACGGUUGUGGACGUGCAGUUUCUCAACCAGGCGUCUUUGCUCGUCCCAGCUACCACCGCUCGAACCAACGUGUUUCCCCUCGAAGGCUCGUCAGAUGCGUGGGCUAGUCUGUACGACUCGUGUGGGCAGCACCCCCGUGUUCGUCAGCGCCAACUCGACUUUUGGCUGUGUCUGGCGCUGUGCCAUUCUGUGGCCCCAGAAACCGACGACGACGACCCCACGAACUUUAUGGCCAUCCGGUACCAGGCAUCGAGCCCGGACGAAGGCGCGAUGGUCGCCGCUGCGCGUCAAAUGGGAAUCGUGUUCAAAGGGCGAAGCGCGUCGUCGGUGGUCGUGUGGAACCGACUCACGCAGACGGACGAGACGUACCGCGUGCUCAACGUGCUCGAGUUCCACAGCGCUCGGCGGCGCAUGUCGAUUGUCGUGCGCGGCCCCGACGGCCGCCUGCGUCUGUUUGCCAAGGGCGCCGACGCCGCCAUCCUCAAGCGCCUCGCGCCUUCGUCUUCUUCCCACGAUCCAGACGCGACUUCGGCAUCCGUGGCGUGGGUGACGCACCACCUGACCGCGUACUCGGAGAAGGGCCUCCGGACGCUGUGCGUGGCCGUGCGGGACCUAGAUGACUCGACGUACAACGCCUGGAGCGAUUCAUUUCGAGCGGCUAACAUGCUUCACGAUCACGACAAGCGCGACGCGCACGUCGCCGCCGCCAGAAAUGCCAUCGAACGAGAUUUGCAGCUGCUGGGGAUGACUGCGAUUGAAGAUCGGCUGCAAGAGGGCGUGCCGGAUACAAUCCGGAGGCUCCUUGCGGCGGGCAUCCGGGUGUGGGUACUCACGGGGGACAAGGAGGAGACAGCUAUUAACGUCGGCCACGCGUGUCAUUUACUCAGUCCGACGUCGAGGGUGCACCGACUGAGCAGGUUCAAAACCGAGGGCGAUAUGUACGAGUACUUUGUCGAGUUAAUCGAGUUGCUGGACCAGCCACGAGCCACGAAAGGUGCACCUGCCGACAAGCUCGUUCAGGACGUGAUGGUCCUCGACGGCGAAGCGCUGGCCCUGGCCAUGUUGCCAUCGACACGACAGACCUUUGUGAGUGUCGCUUUACGCUGCCGCGCGUGCAUCUGUUGCCGUGUAUCCCCGAAACAAAAAGCCCAAGUGGUGCAACUCGUACGGGAACAUGUGUCGUCCAUGGUGACGUUAGCCAUCGGCGACGGCGCGAAUGAUGUGAGCAUGAUCCAAGCUGCUCAUUUGGGCAUUGGCAUCUGUGGUCACGAAGGCACGGCGGCGGUCCGCGCGUCCGACUAUUCGAUUGCCCAGGUUUUUGGAAUAUCGUCUACAAUAAAACAAAUGAUAUAUAUCUCAUUUUCUGAUGAUAUAUAUAUCAUAUAUUGCAAACUGAUAUGUGUGUGUGUGUGUAACCAUAGUUUCGGUUUGUGGCCAAGUUGCUGUUUGUGCACGGCGCGUGGGCGUACCACCGCGUGUGCAAGUUCAUUUUGUUUUACUUUUACAAAAACAUGGUUGUCGUGUUUACCGAGUACUGGUUUGCCUGGUCCAGUGGGUUUUCUGGCCAAAUCUUCUUUCCCGACAUGCUGUCGCUCGCGUAUAACGCGCUGUUUACGUCGUAUCCGUGCGUGGCAGGGUUUUCAUUGGAUCAGCACACGUCGACGACGGCCGUGCUCACGUUUCCGAAACUGUACCAGAUCGGCCAGCUCCGCCAAAGCUACAACGAAUACCUGUUUGUCGUGCACAUUGCAUUGGCAAUGUACCACUCGGCGCUGUGUUACUUUAUUCCGCAGUGGCUUCUCGCCCAUGACGUGGCAGGCUCAGACGGCGUCGUGGUGGGCCAGUGGGGUGUAAGCAUCGCGUCGUUUGCGAGCGUCGUGCUGGUCGUAACUGUGCGCAUGUUGACCCAAGUCAAGUGCUUCAAUUACGUGGUGGUGGCGAUCACCGUGCUUAGUGUAUUGGUGGACUACGGGGCAAUGCUUAUAUUGUCGACACCGGCGAUGGCGCGGGUGCUGCAGCCGCACGCCCACUCGGUGAUGUUUGUCCUGCUGGUGGAACCGCGCUUUUACCUGUCGGUGGUCGUCACGACCACGAUGAGCUUCGUCACCGACCUCGCGGGGCAGUACAUCCAACGCCAGUGCUUCCCCACGCCCCAAGAUAUUGCAAAUGAACUUCACCACGACGGCGGUGCCGUCACGGCCGCCUCCACCAACCUCCCCUCGACCACCACCACCACCACCCUCCACAAUAUCGUCCAGCCCAUGCACUAGUAACCACUAUCAUCAUUAUUGGCUAACGUGAAGUGUUUCGAAG